CUUUGCGCAGUGAUAAAUCUUGAGUCACUCCUCUUGCAGCUUCAGCACAUGUUGCGGUUUUCGUUGAAUGUUUACAUUCUUCCUUAACACUUAUCGCUUGUUUCUUCUUUUGUCCGGCUUCUUCAUCUUAUCCUGUGUUGGUUCCAAUGAGAUGUCGCUCAUGGCACCCAUAAUAGUCCAAGCAACCGCCAAACAUACGGCUUCGGUGAGUAGCUAUAGCAAGCUCUUUACCAUCUCAUUUAUUUUUCCAGCCAAAUUAAGGCGUAUUUUAAAAGCUAAUUUAUAAUCUUCCUGAGCACGUACGAGGGAAUGUUUCAGUUUUUUGCUAGUUCACCUAAACUGUCGUUUAAAGGCAAAAAUAAUAGUCAAGAAAUUCGAGGAGUCAAAAUACAAAUUUGUUUUAAUGUGAAAUCUCCUCAUCGUUGUAAUUUAACGAAGCCCUUCGCAGCUGAGGACUUGAAACACACGAUUCAUUUCUACAGCAUUUUGAACACUUGCUUCUCUCUAAAUUGGAAGAAUUGAGAUUUGUAAAGAUGUUGUUUGGGUGCAUUAUGGGCGAAAGAAAUUUUCGUGAGGAGGGACGAAUCAAAGUUCAUACGGCUCAGAAUGUGUUUGAGAUGUUGUUUACUAAUCGAGAUAAUCAAAGUUAAGUGCUGGCUGAAUAUGCAAGGGUUUUUUCCGCCUUGUCCAGCUGUUCCAUAAUUCAUUCUUUUGUUUCUACCAGUUUUUUUUUCUUUAAUGGUUCGUUUUUCAACAAACAAGGAAAAAAUUGAUAUAAUUUUCUGAUACGAGCACACUCUACAUACAUGUAUUGGAGCCCUAAGGACAAACUAAGAUGUGUGAAAAAAUUGUCAGUAUAAACAAGAUCGGUUCAGAUCCCUAAAACACAAUAUGUAUUUUCCCAGCUAUGCAAAAUAAACAGCUUUCCUGUAAACCAUCCAAUGUAUCCUAGAUUAAUGUAGAUUAUACCUUCAUUUGAAUGACAACAGAGUAUGUUUCAAACAUCUCUUAUUGCAAAGCUUCUUCACCCAUAAAAACCAACCAUAGGCUAUUUUUUGUGACAAUAUGAAUAUGAAAUUACAGUGUACUUUGGUAUUGAUAGUUGAUUAUUGGAAAUGGCUGCCACAUUAAAUGAUUUAUUUUCAAGGAUGCUAGUACCUGAACUUGUGGUUGGCAAGAGUUAUUUCAGAUGUGUUUUCUACAUGUAUACACUUUCCUUCAAUGUUUCUUUAUCCCUUUAAAAACAAAAUGCAAGUCAAACUACAAGUAGUUUUUCAUCAUUUUGACCCAAAAUUCAUGUUUAGACCAGAACAUAAUGCAAAAGCAAAAUAGAAAUCAAACAACAUGUAGUUUUAAAUCAUAUCGUCCAAAAACUUAUGCAUGGACUACAACAUAAUGUACACACUGGAUGGUAUGGUAUGUUGGCCAAGGCAGGUGCAUUUGACUUUGUAAAUGUUCAUGUAUGAAUAUACUCAAGCUUUUUAAUAGAUAGGAAUAAUGUUUUAACUCAGAAUUUGGACUGGGGGAAUGGCUAGAGAUAUUUCAAUUUUCAUAGAAUUAUAUAGGGUUGAAAUUCCAGUAUUAAAAAAUACAUGUCCAUUGUAACAACUGGCUACAAAUUAGAAUAUGUUAGUAGGGACUUAAUUUGAAAGUUGAUUAAGGCACUGAUGAGUACUUUUAGAGCAGUGGUGUUUAUGAGGGACUGUGGAGAGAGCUUCAUCCAUAUAACUCAUUUUUUUUUUGAACUUCUUGUGUUGGUACAAUUUGAAUCUUUAAAAUUAACGAAGACGCUCCUUAAAUGAAUGAGGUGUGUAGAAGGUUGGUUUUGCAAAGCUUUUGUGCCUGUGUUUGUUGACUAAAGGUAAACCUUACUCAAUGAUUUCUCAAACUGCCUCAAAUGUCUAAUGGGACUGUCAACUAUAUUUACAAGAAUGUAGACCUGUAGCUUGUGGAAAAUUGCUUAUUGGAGACAUCAUGUAGAAAUAUUUACUUAUCCAGGCUAAUUCAAUCAGACUCAGAAAGGAGAAAAUUGCACUUGUUGUUUCUCUACAGUUAUUCAGUAUAGCAGUCAGAAUGUCGCGAUCCACAUAUUUGUGACUAAAUUGUGAUACAAAAGAUUAACUCAGCUGUCAUUUUUAAACUAUGAUGACAAACACCUUUCAUGAGAUAUUCAGUAGUUUCAGACAAUGAUUAAAAAUGUUAUUUUGAUGAGAAAUUGAAAUAGUCUCAAUUUUCAAUCAUGAGAAUAAAGGCCUUGAAAUUGACAACAACAACAAAAUGAAAUGAAAACAAUACACAGCAACAUUUCCUGUUCCAUGAUCAAGCCAUGUGCUCAGAAUGCCGUUUAAGCAAUUUAAUCAUCCGUAUGAUUGGUAAACAUAUUAUACAACCAAUUGUACGGAUUAAUAAUAUUUUCAUCCAUUCAAAUGGCUUGCCUGUCCAUUUGAAAUUUUUACUCAUCCAUUCGAAUGGCUAAGCAAACUGUUCAAAUAAUUUAUUCACCUGUUUGAAUGGUUUGCCUGUCCGUUCGAAAUUUUUACUCAUCCGUUCGAAUGGCUGACCAAACCAUUCAAAUAAUUCAUCUGUUUGAACGGUUAGGCAAACUGUUCAAACACUUCAAGGACUGCUCAUUAACCACUCAUCAUCCAUGUGUUUUUGCCAUUUGAACGGUUUUCCGUUAGUGUCUGUUUUGCCUUAAAGGGUCACAUUUCUCCUUAACCUAGAUGUUCAAAGGUGCAUUGGCUACAGUACCAACCCAGGGUCAAAUUUUAAUACAAGUAAAUCUUUAUUCCUUUGUUCAAAAGACUCUUUCUGUUAUUUCCCUUCAGAGCAUCCAAUUAUAAAAUUGAAGGCAAAAAGAAUUCUGAUGAAUUUUCUUUGUGACCUUUCAGAUCUGAUAACAAAUUUUAAACUAAACCUUGGUUUCUUUUCAGUUGAUAUUUCUUCAUGGGCUUGGAGACACUGGGUAAGACAAAUGUUGAUGUUCUGAGACUGUUUCUAUUUUAUGGUUAAAUGUGAUUAUUGAAGAAAUGUAUACAAGCUUCAUGUGUUAUAGUGCAUUGAUUUUACGCAGGUGAGGGGAUGCUUUUAUGUGUUUAGCAUCUUGUUUUCCUGCCCAGACUAUAAAUCAGUUCAAGCUAAACACUCUUUUGUGAUCUUUUAACUUUUUGAUACUCUGUGAGUCAGAUAAAAAAUAAAACAAAUAUUUGCCACUUAUAAUGGCCAAUAUUAUCAGUUUAGGAAGGUCUCUAAAAGUGUUAAAUGCACCCAGCCUCAUGACUGUACAGUAUUUAUCUACCUUCUAUUUGUUUGGAGUGAUGAACCUUAAUCUGGGGUGUACAUUUUGUACUUCUCCUUUAUUUCUCAGUAAUGGAGAAUCCAUUUCAAUUAACUAGCUUUUAUAAGAUGCAUGUACUUGCUCCUUGUACUUUCAGUAGGCAUCAAGCCAUUAAUUUAAGUUUAUGUAAGCAAGGCUAAUGUGUAAACAGUAGCAUAAUUAUGUUGAAUAUGGAGUGAAGAAAAAAAAAACCUAGCAACUUGGGCAGACUUUCAAGCAAUUAGUUUUGGACAGAAGUGCUAAAUGAAGCCAAGCUUACUAAAAAUGUUUCUUUGGUUGCAUGAUUAUGACUAGGGUACAUGUGGUUAUGGAUAGAACAAGUGAUAAUUAUUUUAAGACUUUUUUCCUCCUGUUAGACAUGGCUGGAGUGCUGGUUUUGAGGAAAUAAGAGCACCUCAUGUGAAAUACAUUUGCCCCAAUGCGUAAGUUCAAGCCAUAAUAAAUCGUGAUGCUCUUGAAACCAUGCUUUGCAUGUUUUGUCCAUGCUGUUUGUCUUCAUGGUCAAUUGCUUCACUUUUCAAGAAUCUAUAUAGGAUCUUUGAUAUUGUAGUAGAGAUGCAUUUCAGGCUGCUUUCAUUCUUUUCACAAACUCCCCUAGGAAAUGUGUGCAGUGUUUCUGUGGGUUCAAAAGUUCAUGUUCCAUUGCUUUUGGUGGAUUUAGGUACAUUUUCUGUGUCCCUGCUCUCAUAUGGCCAUUGCAAUAAAAAUUGAUGCCAGCAUGAAAUUAAAUUACAAGGGUACAAGAGUCUCUCUGUUGAAUAUCCAAAUUCCUUAAUAGCACAUUGUCACUAGGUGUAUCACUUGUUCUUCAGUUGCUUGUUAAAAGAAGCACACUCAAAUGUCCUGUUUUGUUAUUUUCCAGUCCUGUCAAUCCUGUGACAUUGAAUGGAGGGUUCCGAAUGCCUUCAUGGUAAGUCUCCUGUGUAAUUGUGGUCAUUAGUUCCAAAUUGUAGGAUGAAAAGUGAUGACUCUUGCCUUUGCUUGUGUAGCUAUCCUUGUUUUCAAGAUAUUUGAAUGUCAUGUCAGGUACAUGCACCUGCAUCUGUGGCAUACCCGGAUAAAAAAACAAUUACAGGAUAAACCAAUAAUUGCAUUAAAAAAACUUAGGCAAAUGCAAGCACAAAAAGCAAAGUUUAUUUCCAACAGAAAGCCUGAGUGAAUGCAAAUAUGCAUCUAGUUAAUUAACAAUCCACAGCUGUUUUGUUUUAUUGCUGUGUGUUAUUUUUAUGUAAUGUCUAACAAUUAUGGCCAUCAUUUUGGGAAUAUUUAACUACAUAUGUAUGCUUCCAAUUGAUAAUUAGAUAAUAUUUUAUGCAGGCUGUGUUGUCAGGUUUGUAUACUUCAUGAUUAUAUACUUCCAUCUCCUAUAGGUUUGAUAUUAGGUCAUUAAGUUUCUCUGGAAGUGAAGAUGAAGAAGGGAUUAAAACUGCUGCUGAAAGAAGUGAGUACAUAAUCAUUUCUCAUAGGGGGCUACAAUGAUAUGAAAAUUUUUCUUUAAACUGUGGUCCUAUUAACUGAAGAUGAAUAGUGCAUGUGUUGAUGGUAAUUAGAUAAAUUUCUGGUCAUAACAAUUUAUUUACAUGUUUAAUUUUUUUUUCCCUCAAUCCUUUGUUCUAGAUACAUUACCAUAAUACUUAAACAAAUGAAAACUGACAUAGUUUGAAACCAGUUGUACUACAAACCAUUUUGAAAUUUUACAUUUGUUACACUAUGAACAAGUUAUGUUGGAGUGCUGUACACUGUAUGAGGGUUGUGUUGGCUCAACAUUUUGAUCUCAACAUGUGUGAUGUUAUAUGAACAAGGAAUUUAUUUUCUUUUUUCCAGUCAAAUCAAUUAUUGAUGAGGAGAUUAAAAGUGGGGUACCAUCAGAUCGCAUCGUUUUAGGUAAUUUACGUACAGUAUCUACACAUAUAUUUACAAGCACACAUAUACUGUGUACUCCAUUUCACACAACCUGAGGGUUUUGCAUUAUGAGUUAGAAGAAAAUUACUGUAAGUUAUUACAUGAAGCUGGCUACUUUUGAUCAUAGGAUAUGUCACUUGAGUCUUGACUGUGUUAUCAUUAUACUACGUUUCUUAUUCUCUUAGUGAAUUGGUAUCAGGGAUUGAAGAUCAAGAAACAAUUCACACUUAAUUUACUGUUAUUUUAUAGACCACUCUUAAUUUGUUGUCUUGCCUUCCAGGUGGUUUUUCACAGGGUGGUGCUCUUGCGCUAUAUACAGCUCUUACCAUGGAGAAACCUUUAGCUGGUAUCUUGGCCCUAAGCUCAUGGCUGCCUCUUCAUAAGACCUUUCCAGAGGUAGAGUGAUGUAGAGUAAUUUUAGACCAUGGUAGCUAAACACUCAACACCUUUGAUUUUCCUGAUCAGAAUAUGUCUAUCAUUAGUAUAAACCACACAGGUGAAUAAUGCUUUUCCCACAAGUUGUACAAAUGUGUUAUAUGAAAAUUGUCCUAACUUUGCAAAUCUCAUUGAAAAUAUAUGCUUAAGUAUGAAUAAAAUGUAGAGUGACCUUUGUUCCUCAGUUUUAGUUCAAUUUAGUUUGUCAGGAUACUUGUGUUUGUUAGGUAGAAAAGUUACUAAUUUGAAGAGUUCCCUGAAAAAGCUGUUGGUCAUCUGUCAGCCAACUGUUUUCAGACAACCAUUUCCCAUGUUGAAUUUUUUUUCAACUACUGAAAGUAUGCAAAGUGUACACCUCUCUUGACUUGGCAAUGCUUGAGAGUCUGUUUCUAACAUAUGAUGAAAUGUGUUUUUUUCCAUGGGCUGUUGUUGAACAUGACUGAUAAGCUCACUUACUGUUUGUAGUACAUUAUCUUUAAGUUAUGUAUUGUUGAAUUGAUCUGUUGGUAGCAUGUUGGGUGCUUGUCAGGAGCUUGUCUGCCAAAGUCUUACGAACAAUUGGCCAACAAUUAGUUGGGGGAGCUCUGUUUCAAAAUUACCAAAAAAAAUAUGAACCACAUUUACUUUUUAGCUCUACUAAAAAGUAACAUAGUUUCAUGUUGCACAUCUUAUGUAUCUAAAUUCCUGUUUGAAAUAGUUUGCAAUAUAUUUGUUAUCAGUUAUUUGAAAAUUGAAAUUAUGUCAUGAGUGUCUCUCUGUUAAUUUACUUUCAACAUGUACCUUGUUAUGGUCAAUUUCAGAAGAAACUGAUUUUGUCUAAAUGUAGGUUCUUAAAGAAAAUAAAGACAUCCCAAUACUUCAGUGUCAUGGUAAGUUGUCAUUACUGGUGGGUACUUUUCUUAAUUGUUUAACUCCCAGAUCAAAUUUGUAAUUCUCCUUAUUGCCCACCUUACAAUUCUUAUAAUGUUAGUUCAGAGAAUUUAUUAUUGGAUCAACUAAUUAUCCCCAAAUGGAUAUUUUUCUUUAUUCUCAUCACUUAUCUGGUUGAUGUUGCAUUGAUAUUGUAAAGACAAAUUCUGUCUUGGUCACUCGUGAGAGUCAAAGGGUUUAAUUAGUAGCUUCUGGUUGUAACUAAUGUACCAAGGAAGUUUUGCUCAAAUUUUGGAAACUUCAUUUACUACCUUUACCUAUUGAUAGGCUAAUUUAGGACUGAAAAAAAAGAGAUUUAUCUGCUGAAGUUUUUUCUUUUACACCUAUUUGUAUUCUAAAGGGUAAAAAAAUAGGAUAGUACAUUUAUAUUCUAACAAUUUAACGGUAUGAUAUGAUAGUGUGAUUUAUUUCAUAUCUAAUUUGAUUUACAUAUAAAAAAAGCCUAUGAAAUACACAACCAAACAAUCUGAAAAACAAAGGACUAUGAAAGUACAUUGUUCAUCCAAUCAGACACAUGCGGAAAGCUGCCAAAUUGUAGAAAAAAAUUUAACUUUCAAAUUGACACUCUUAAUCCCCAGCAGUAUCAACAACAAUCUUCAUUCAAUUAAUUUAUUCUUGUCUCACUCGUAACCUUGUUCCAACCAAUAGCAUAACUCCAUUUUCUGCAUGUAAACACACACACACACACACAGCCCACAAUUCCUUCAUUCCCUCUGACAAAGGGCUGAUGUUGUGAAACUCUUUACAGUGUCUGAUUUAUGAUAGCAACACAAUAUAUAAUUCCAGAUUAUCUUGUUAAAAAAUAUAUAGUUGUCAGCAGAGACUAAAUAUCUUUCCAUGUUGUGAAUUUGGUGGUUUUUAUAAUAAAAUUUGCUCUUGCACUGAAAUAGCCUCCAGUCUUUGAAAUUUGUUGGUCAGUAUGAAUAAAUCUUAGUAUGUAUGAAACAAAAUCAUUAUACCAUGAAAAGAGUGUGAACUUUUAAUUCACUCUUGCAAUGCAUUAAAAAACAUGCUCUUUUGCUCUGCUCACUUGAUUGUUGUUGUUGUUUUUUUUUAUGUGUGUCACAACUUGUGAGUAAAAAUCCUUUGUGGGCACUGUCCAUGGAAUAAUCUCUAUUUCUCUCCUGCAGGAACGGCUGACCCAGUUGUAGCUUAUGCUUUUGGACAAAUGACAAAUGAAGUUUUACAUAAACUUUGUUCAAAACACGAGUUUAAAUCAUACUCUGGAUUAUCUCACAGCUCAAGUCCACAGGUGAGGAAAAAUGAAUAAGAGAUAGUUAUUGCUUUAAUUUUUUUGCUCGUCAAGUGGGUGUAAUUCAAACUGGAAAUGGUUUCACAGCUGCUAAAUGGUCACAUGAUGUCCUAACCUUUUCUCUCCCUAGAUCAAAUAUCACCUUUCCAAAAGGCCAGUUAUAUGCUCUCUAAUGAAUUCUCUUAUGAUUUUAGAUCUGGCCCCGGUUGUUUGAAGGUUGGAUAGUGUUAUCCACUGAAUAAAACUCUAUCCAGUGGAUAAUGCUACAUGUUUUGCUAUUGCUUAUUUGCCGGAUAGUGAUUUAUCCAUUCGAUAGCUUUAUCUGCCCUUUAUACAACUGGACCCUGAUAAUGUGGUAUUAAAUUGAACAAAAUCCUUUAGUUGCUAUUAUUGUAAUUAUUCUUUUUUUGUGCUUCUCAUUGUAUUUCUACUUGAAGAUGCAUUAAUUGUUGAGAUAAAUUAAUUUUGGUGCUCCUUCUUUGUUAAGUAAAAAGUUUUUUGGCUUUCUUUUCAGGAAAUGAGAGAUGUAAGAGAGUGGAUUUCUAAAGUCUUACCCUAG